GGCCGGGACUUGCGGAGGAGGACAACUUCUUCUGGAUUCCUUCCACAAAACUGUGGGGAGGCGACGGCUGUAACUCUUAACCCGUCACGGCAAAACACCACCUGAACUGAGAUAGACGGCGACUGCGCAAGUUGUGUCUUUUUUUUUUUACCGAGAGAUUUCCCCCAGGAGAUAAUCGGGCUGGAGUGAUGCGUGAGGACCCCGCAGUCCAGAAACUGAUUUCUCUGCCCUGACUGUCAGUUAGCCGGUUAGCAUGCUAACGUCCUCUCGCAGGGCUCUCCGCUGUAGCUAAAAAACAGGCUCGCUUGCUGCUUUUAUUUGCUCCAGGAGACAGGGAUGGCAUUUCGCCUACACUGGGUAAGCGAACCGAUUGAGUGGGUGGGGGAGAAAACAUUUGAAGACCCGGGCGAUAAGUUUGUCAACACUCACUAGCCUAGCCUAGCAUCGCUGGUUCAACGCCAGACAACGUUGGCCGAGAGUUAGCGCCUUAGCGAGCUAGCCAAUUAGCAUUUGAGUUGCACAAGACGACCUGCUAAUCCCCCGUUCAUCCCGCUGCUGAAUGUUUUGGAGCCCUCUAAUUCAGAAAAAAAACAGAGGGAACUGAAUCGCUUUAGUCGUCAGAUAUUAAUUGGCUGUUUAUGUUAAAUAACUCAGGGGGGUGUUUGCGUGCUAGGUGUCGUUAGCAGGUGAGCUGUGGAGGGAGUGGUGACGGUGGGCAGCAGCUAGCUCAGGUUCCCUGCAUCAGGGCAGCAAUGUCAGUCAGACUAUGACAUUAUGUAAAUGACAAACACUUCACAAAUAGAGGUAUUAAAGGUGCGUUAACCUGUCGGGGUGUUUGUUGUUCCCUUGCUGCAGGACAACACCUCAGAGAACCAGGAAAGGGCGCAAUAAUUUGAUUAUCUGCUCCCCCUGUUGAUAUCAGAUGGUUUCCUGGAGGGUUAACUAAUUCGAUAAGUAAUACCAAUUAUUGUCUUGAGCUCUGGCUAUCUUUGGAAACUGAAUAUCUGCCUGACUGGCUUCCCUCACCUGCUUCAGUGCUGGAGUAGUUUGAUGGACGUGGGAGGCUGUUUGCCAGACUGUCAGUGCUAUACUCAGUCAUGUAUGUCUUGACACAUGGCACCCUGGUCUGUACAUUAGUGCCUGCUGUCAGAAGUUAAGUGUCGUUAUGUAGCUUUGGUGGACAGUAAGUAAAGGGAAUGUUGUGUCUUUUUUAUACCUGUUGGUUUGUUUUUUUAUUUUCAAACGCAGGAGAGUCUUGUUGAAUCAAAGUGGGGACGAGGUGCAGCCUGGGCUGUGGACAGUGGACAAUGUUUAUCAGUUAGUGCCUAGACGCUUUGAGGACUAACAUUUCGGCCUGCACGUAGGCCAGUGAUAUAUUAGACAAUUCAUUCGGGGAUUGGAACAUAAAGCUGCCACUCUGGAUCAAGAAAACCUCUCCCUCGUGUCCGGUUGGAGUAAUACUCUAAAGCCAAAAUCAAUGCCUUCAGCGCUGGCCGUGUUCGCCUGCCGACCAAACUCGCACCCAUUCCAGGAGCGACAUGUAUACCUGGAUGAGCCAGUCAAGAUCGGCAGGUCGGUGGCUCGGUGUCGUCCGGCGCAGAACAAUGCCACCUUUGACUGCAAGGUGUUGUCCAGGAAUCAUGCCUUGGUCUGGUUCGAUCACAAGACCGGCAAGUUCUACCUGCAGGACACUAAAAGCAGCAACGGGACGUUCAUCAACAGCCAGAGGUUGAGUCGAGGCUCAGAGGAGAGUCCACCCUGCGAGGUACUCUCCGGCGACAUCAUUCAGUUCGGUGUUGACGUCACAGAGAACACACGCAAAGUCACUCAUGGCUGCAUCGUGUCAACCAUUAAACUCUUCCUACCCGAUGGGAUGGAGGCCCGCCGACGAAGCGAUGUCAUCCAGACUCCGUUACCACUACCUGUAGACAAGGUUGCAGCCAACACUCCCAGCAUGUAUUCUCAGGAACUGUUCCAGCUCUCCCAGUAUCUACAGGAGGCCUUACACAGAGAGCAGAUGUUGGAGCAGAAGUUAGCCACCCUGCAGCGUCUGUUAGCCACCACACAGGAGGCCUCGGAGAGCAGCUGGCAGGCCCUGAUCGAUGAAGACCGUCUACUCUCCAGACUGGAGGUGAUGGGCAGUCAGCUGCAGGCGUACUCUAAGAAUCAAACGGAGGAAGGGAUCCGUAAGGAGCUUCUGUCUCUUCAGGAGGACAAACACAACUACGAGACGACGGCAAAGGAGUCCCUGAGGAGAGUCAUGCAGGAGAAGAUCGAGGUGGUCAGGAAGCUGUCAGAGGUGGAGCGCUCUCUCAGUAACACAGAGGACGAGUGCACACACCUGAAGGAGAUGUCAGAGCGAGGCCAGGAGGAGCUGAGGGAGCUCGCCAACAAGUACAACGCCGCCGUCAACGAGAUCAAAGAGCUCACUGACAAAAUAAAGGCGGCGGAGGGCAGGCAGGAGGAGCUGACCCAGCGGGGGGCGACGGAGAAGAGGGAGUUGGAGCUGCGGAUCGAGGAGAUGGAGGAGAAGGAGCAGGUUCUCCAGGCUCGCAUCGAAGCUCUGCAAGCCGACAACGACUUCACCAACGAGAGGCUCUCCGCCCUGCAGGUGCGGUUAGAACAGCUACAAGAGAAAAGCAUAAAAGAGAACAACAGCCUGGAUGAGGACAUUAUCUUGGACGGAGCGGUAGAGGAGCCUGUCGAGGACAAACAGAGCCCGCAGACACCUGAGAGCCAGGAGGAAGACGAGGAUGAGGAGGACACAGACACCGAUGAUGGUGCAGUUGGUCCAGAGGAAGAAAACGAUGACAACUGUCAUGUAAACAACAGCGGAGGAGCCUCGACUAGAAUUCAACAGUUGAUUGAGUGUCCGCCUGUCAAACAGUUGAAGGAGACGGUCAGUUCUUCAAUCCACAAACUGGCCAACUUUGAUGAAGUGAUGGACGCUCACCUACAGAACAACCAGACGGCUGAAGAAGAAGAAGACGAUGACAUCCUGGCCAGCCCUGAUCGGCUCAAAGGGAAUCAGAUGGAUGCCAAAGAGUCCGACAUGUCAGACACUCUGAGUCCCAGCAAAGACCGCAGCAGUGACGACACGUCAGACGGUAACAUGGACGACCAGGAGCUGAAUGAACCCCAGAACAGAGUCGCUCUGCUCAAAGCCGAGCUGCAUCGGGCCGGUCUGGAGCCUGGAGACACGGAGCAGGUCAUCCACCAUCUCCACAGAGAGCUGCUAGAGGCCCAGGACUUAGCCAACACCGGCAAGCAGAGAUGUCUGGAGCUACAAGCCCUGCUGGAGGACGAGAGGAGGAGUAACACUCAACAGACCGAAGAGUCAACCAAACAGAUCCAGUACCUGCAGACUCAGCUUGGGAAGCUGCAGGCCGACAUGGAGGCACUGAGGGAGCAGAGGGAGAGCACCAUCUGCACCACAAGAGAGGAGCUCUACUCCGCACAGGAGGAGAUUCUUGUCCUGCGGCACACUAUGGAGGCCACCGCGGCAGAGAGGGAGCGAGAGAUCGCCGUCCUGCAGGCCGACCUGGGCAUCGUUCGGUCUGAGCUGGAGCACUGGAGGUGGAGCAAGUACGAGGAUGAGGUCAGGCUGAUGCAGGAGGAGGCCAUCUCUCAACAGCAGCAGAGCUCGGCCAGCCAGCUGCAGGUGGAGUGUGUCACGUUGCAACAGCGGUGCACGACUCUGCAGGAGGACUGUGAUGGCCUGAGAUCUGAACGGAAAGCUCUCAACGAAAAACUGCAACGCCUGGAGACUGAGCUCAGCAGCACCAGGGAGCAGAGUCAGGUCCUCAGCAGCAGUCUGGAGUCUCUGGAGAAGCGGGAGGGGGUUCUGCAGGACAAACUGGGUUCUCUGGAGAACCAACACCUGCAGGACGCAGGCCGGCUGAAGAGCCAGCUGGACCAGGCCCAGGCCCACACACACACACUGCAGAGAGAGUAUGAAGACACACAGUCCCAGCUGUUGGACCUCCGUCAGCGCUACGAGAGGACAGAGAAGGAGAAGCUGAACAUCCACCAGGAGCUGGAGCAGUGCAGGAGCAACCUGAAGCUGCUGCAGGACAAGACCAGCUCUCCAUCCAUAUUGCAGCCUGUCCAAGCCAUAUUCAUUGGCCUUGUCCUGGCUCUGCUCUACUGGUGUUUCGGCCAGUUGUGGUAGAAAGAGCGGCUGGAGUUCCUGGAUGCCGGUCAUCGCAGUGAUGGUCGCCGUGACGGCAGCCGUCCUCUACCCCAACCUCUCCAAGAGCAGCUCCACUUAAGACACACACUCUCACACACACACACACACUCUCUAACACACACACACACUCACACACACACGCACAUACAGAGUGCUGUGCGGAGAGCGUCACUGCUUUACUUGUAUAAAGUCUAAUUGUACAUAAUUGUAGAGGGAAUAUAAAGGUUGUGGUUUCUACAGAGGAUCAGAUACUUCUUGGUUUAUUUUGUUUUUUUCUGUGUGUGAGGGAUGUUUUGUUGUCGUUUUUAUCCUCGGCUCUCUCUCUCAGCUGUGGUGGGGGCUUUUUUUUUUGUUUGUUUUUUUGUUUUUUCGUCUCUCUUGCUGAAUUCUGGGUGAUGAAGCAGCAGGCCGAGCUUCCACAUGAAAAAAGAAAAAAACAGCCAGAGGUGACGUUUACACUCGUCCUGAUCGUCAAACGAACGGGAUGUAAGUGAAUGCAACACCUCCCAGCAGCCUCAGACCGGUCACCAACAUGAUCCAGAUUAAUCCCUGAAAACGUUCAGGUCUGCACUCUUUCUGAUACACACCUGACACUCAGUCAGAACUGGUUUAAACUGGUUUCACUGGGCUUCAUCAGUCUGUUUCAACUUCAACAGGCAAAGACCCACAACGUUUUCUCUUCUUUUUCUUCUUCUCAGCUUUCAUUUUACUCAGAAUAUUCUUCAAAUCAAAUUUAUUAAUCAUCUGUAAAAUGAUCUCUUACCAAUUUGAUAGAUAUGCCGACUCUUCCAGACGGUAUACGUCCAUCAGUGUGACGAUGACUUUGACGUAAUUCACUAAUUUGUUUAGAAAUCUGCACCACUGAAGCAGAGGAAAGACUGCAACAGUAACGCCUCUGAAAGCGUCCUGUCGGUUGUCCCAAUACAACGAAUAUCUGCAUCAUCUGUUUGGAUACCACGGCAACAAAAACAAAAGUCCCAGCAAGAAAAACAUUUACAAGUCGCUCGAUUGUGAUACUGUUAUAUACGUGAAAUAAGUCGCACUGGUGUGUAGAAUGUUGUCACCUUUUUAGAUUAAAAAAAUGUAUUAAAAAUGCGUCCUAUACACUUGAUUUGUCGGUACAUGUUAGGUCAAAUUGAUUCAUAGUAGAUUGUUUUCUCAAAGUGACCUCUGAGGUAACCCUUCAGCGUUGGUUUUUCUGGGACUUUUGAGGGUUUUUAAGGGGUCCACUUCUCAUCUCCCCCUGUGUUUGGUCCCUGUGACCCUGUUGACCUUAAACUAGGCGCGAUAGGAACAAUAUAAGACUCUCGACACUUUUUCUUGGUUUGCCGUUGAAACAAAGUCUUAUCGACAUUCAAACAUGAACUCUUAAUGAUGCCGCCUUCACAGUCGAUGUAAAUCUGGAGUGUUUGAGCACUUAUGAAGCACAAACUGUGCCUCCGAUGAUCUGGAUCAGUGUUCUGUUUAAAUCCGGACCCGGGUCUUGUUGGGAGGUGUUCACACUGAGGCGGGUUUUCAGGAAGUCCUGCUCUGUUCUGUUCUGGUUUAAGUCGGCCAUGUUGAAGGUCUGACAUGGCGUUUUCUCUGUUACCUUGUUUUUGUUUUUCAGGGGAGAUUUUGAAGGUCGGGGUUGAAACUUGAAGCCAAAUUAUUAAAAGAAUUAAAAUUAAAAUGUAUUUUAUUUUCUGUUAAUUUUUUUUUUUUUUGUAAAUUUUGGGGCACAGAAAAAAAGGGGGUCAAAGUGCCUCUGAUGUAACUAACACCACAGUUUGUGUACGUGUGUGGGCAGACACGCACAACCGCACACACUUUCUCUGUUACACACACACACACACUGUUAGAGGCCUGCAAGUGUCUGGAGUUUGAGAGAACAACAACUGGACGCCUGGAGCUUUUUAGAGCUAUUUAAGAGCUAAGCUAACGAUACCUGCUAACAAGGCCUAAGAGACCGAGGUAAAAAGCUCUGAAAAUAUCGAGUGAGUGGACCUAGAGUUGAGCUAUAUUGUAUGAUUCUUAAAUUUAAAGUUUGACCCUACAGUUUUUCUUGUUUUGUGGCAGGCAAGUCUGUUAAUUGUUGUUUAGAGUCGGACCAAAAUAUCUGAAGAACUUCUGGCUAUAAACAAUGAUAGGAUAGGAUAGGAUGCAAUGAUAGCGCACAAAUUCAAACAAUUUAAAUCGAUGAGACAAAAAAUUAUGGCGCAAUACUCUCAUUUAACCACCAGAGGGAGCUAUCUGCUUUUCAAAAAUAAGAAAAAAUGAAAUUUAGUGACUGAGAAUUGAAGUAAAAAGAAUCACAUUUAUUCACAAAUUGAAUUCAAACUCUUUAGAAGUCAAUUAAAAAGUAAUUGAAUAAAUCAGGAGUUGAGUGUACAGUUACAUCUGCGCUAGAAAUAUCUUAAGGGCCUCAUGUCUGAGAGAGGCUAUGCUAACGUUAGCAUUGCUCAGGCCGUACUAGGAGGUCAAUGUUAGCAAGCAUGCUAAAUCUCAUGACAUGAAAAAGUUCUGAUUUAUUUAUUUAUUUUUUGAAAUCCUUCAUUUUUAACCUCGAUGUCGGCUUGUUUGCAGAUUUCUUCUCGCCGUACGUUUAGGGUGAAGGCGCUUACAAAACCAGGACAGAAUCUCAGGAAGAUGUAAGAAGUCAGACUUUUGUCAUCCAGCUGAUAAAAGGCAUCCAUUUUUUCUCUAAUGGAGUGACCUCUGGCGCCCUCAUCAGAUCAAACUCCGAUCACGUCAUGCCUCUGCAGAAAUGUUUAUACAUCAUGUAAAGGUUCCUGUGUGUGUGUGAGCGGGGGAAGUAUGUGUCGGCUCACACGCUGGACUCUCGAGCAGCAGUGCUUGUCAUCGUUCGUGUACUCUGUCUUGUCUCCUUGUGUUUAAAAAAAAAAUUAAAAAAACAUUAAAAUAAAUACGAACAAAUAUUCCUGAUGUUUAAAGAGAAAUAAACACUACAGUACAGAGAGAGAAUUGUAAAAUAAAAUGUUAUCGAAUGACGUGCUACUAGACUUAUUUUGUUAAAAUUGUUUAGAGAUAUGAGAGUGAGCUACGUAGAGGAUGACGAUGAUGAUGUAUUGAAUAUGCAGAGAAAUGUUUGGAUUAAAGUUGUAGCAAGCUGACCCACCA